AUGGGAGCUAUUUUAAAUACUCUUCCCUUAAGCCAAACCGAUAAUUUGACAAACAUAUCACCAAAUCGUGCUGAUUGGUUAACUGCUCAUGCAGAUGCAACGGGGCUUGCAGUUGUCGAAGUUGAACGAUUAUGGAAUCGUUUUAAGCAAUUAACAGGUUCAAAUGAACAGACAAAAUUAAAUCCUGAUCAUAAUGCAUUACCGAAUGAAUUAUCCAAUGAUAUUUUUGUUAAAAAUCUUUUAAAACAUUUUCCUGUUUCGAAAACAGACCAGCAUAGUAUUCCAUUUGGCUAUUUUUUAACUGUUAUGCACUGGUUUGAUGAAGCUAGUAUUCAUGAUAAACUUGGAGCUUUAUAUAUAUAUCUCAAUAAUGGUGAACCAAUUGAUGCUAAUAUGAUAAGUAAACUUUUAAAACAUGUUUAUCGAGAAACUAGAGAUGAUGAAAUCAAAGCAUUAUCUCAUCAAUUUAUGCGACAAUUACAAGCAAAUGAACGUGGUCAGCUAAAUAUGGAACAGUUUAUUGCUGGUGUUCAGCGAUGUUUUUCACCAGGUGAACUUGAAGAACUUCUUAAAUUUGAUAUUAUUCCAGCGCAUUUACUUGAUGAAGCUAAUGCAAUAUCAUCACUUCAAUCAUCAUCAACAAAUCUUCGUAAUGCAUAUGAUUAUGGUACUAAUGAUCUUGUUAGUGAUAGCCAGUUAAGACAAAUUGCUACUCAAGCAACACGUAGAAAUUGGACAAAAUUAGCAGUAUCACUUGGUUUUCUUGAAUAUGAUAUUGAAGCAUUUAAAGCAAAAAAUAAUAAUGAUUCAGCAGCAGCAUUAUAUGAAUUAUUACAAGUAUGGCAUGAACAAGAAGGUGCAUUUGCAACAAAAAGACGACUCAAACGUAGUUUAGAACAAGCUGAUUUUCCUGAACUUAUUCCAAUACUUAAUUAA